UGAUCUAGUGCCACGAUGAAUAACACACAACUUCAGACAUUCAAGAUCGUUAUUAUAGGAGACAGCUUUACUGGCAAGACUAGUCUUGCUUGUCGAUUAUGUACUGGCAAGUUCUACGAAAAACUUGAAACAACGAUUGGUGUUGAUUUCUUUGAUAAAACUAUCGACGUUAAAGGCGAACAAGUCAAGCUUCAAGUGUGGGAUUCUGCUGGUCAGGAAAGAUUUCGAAAAAGUAUGACGAUUCAUUACUACCGGAAUGUUGAUGCCAUUGUAUUUGUUUAUGACAUCACAAGUGAACCAUCAUUUCAGAGUUUAACAUUGUGGGUUGAGGAAUAUAAACAUUAUACCAUUCCAGACAAAGUUGUCAAAAUUUUGAUUGGAAAUAAAAGUGAUUUAGUAACAUCAAAAAGAGUGCAAUCCAAAGUUGCUAAAGAAUUUGCAGAACAAUAUAGCAUGGCGUUUCAUGAGGUAUCAAGCAAAGAUGAUGAUGAUAAACAAAAUAUUGAGGCAAUAUUCACAUCUCUUGCUGAAAAAUUAUACGAAGAGAAACCUGUUGUUUUAAAGCCGAAAGAUUUAAGUCCGCAGACAAGUGCUGAAAGCAGAACAGGAAGUCUUCAAUCAAGAGAAUCUGAAAGGAAUGUGGACCUUAUGAAGGACAAAGAAAAAUCAGGAAAGGAAAAGAAGAAAUGUUGUGGUUCAGGUUCCUAGAGUAUAAUUUGGGACUUGUCUAGCUAAUUAAUACGUUUAUAUGUCAUAAAAGCAGAUGCAUCAAUAACACCUCAAAACCACACUAUAGAAAAAUAACACAAGGUACAAAAUAGGGAAAGUACAAUUUUUGCCAUAGACCGCCUACAGGAAUUUGAUCUACGUUAUACAGUUUGUCGUUCAAACAUCACAGCCGUGAAAUUGGAGCAGUACUGUAGUAGGUUUUAUCAACGAGGGAAACGAGGGUCAUAUGAACCCAAGACUUAAACUUACUGACAAGAUUUAAUAAAACUUUGUUUCCCGUCGUUUUCAAAUACGUUUUAUGGUAGGAAAAACGUUCUCAUGACGUCAUUGUGCACUAAAAGAUUAUCCUCAACAUUUUACAACACUGAAUGCAAUCGUUAAAUUUAAGAAAACGUGUUUAUAAUUAGGGAUUGGGAUAGGUAAUGUUAAUUUGAAUAGACUGUGAAUAUAAAAAUACCAAUAUUGGAAUAGAAUUUUAUUAUAAUUUUGUAUUUAAUUUAUACCUAGAAUUUAUCGUACGUAAAAUUGUGUAUUAUGGAUUUAUUUAAAAUUGCAAUAUGUUGCACGUG